GGGGCGCGGCGAUGGCCGGCGGCGGGGCGAGCCCCGGGGCAGCCCGGCUGAGGCUCCCAGCCCCGUGAUGCACGUCCCCCCAGGACCCAAGCGCCUCGGCCUGCAGCCCCGGCCCGCCAUGCCGCUGCCCCCCUGGCGCCCACUGGCGCUCCUGCUGCUGCUGCUGCUGAGGCUGGGGGGCAGCCUGGGGGUGGGCGCGGCUGGGCAGGGCAGGGGCCCGCAGCCUGCCUUCCGCACUUUCACGGCCAGCGACUGGGGCCUGACCCACCUGGUGGUGCACGAGCAGACGGGUGAGGUGUACGUGGGCGCCGUCAACCGCAUCUACAAGCUGGCGGGGAACCUGACGCUGCUGCGGGCCCACGUGACGGGCCCCGUGGAGGACAACGAGAAGUGCUACCCACCGCCCAGCGUGCAGUCCUGCCCGCACGGCCUGGGCAGCACCGACAACGUCAACAAGCUGCUGCUGCUGGACUACGCCGCCAACCGCCUGCUGGCCUGUGGCAGUGCCUCCCAGGGCAUCUGCCAGUUCCUGCGGCUGGACGACCUCUUCAAGCUGGGCGAGCCGCACCACCGCAAGGAGCACUACCUGUCGAGCGUGCGCGAGGCGGGCAGCAUGGCGGGCGUGCUGAUCGGCGGGCCGCCGGGCCAGGGCCAGGCCAAGCUCUUCGUGGGCACACCCAUUGAUGGCAAGUCCGAGUACUUCCCCACGCUGUCGAGCCGCCGGCUCAUGGCCAACGAGGAGGACGCCGACAUGUUCGGCUUCGUGUACCAGGACGAGUUCGUGUCGUCGCAGCUCAAGAUCCCGUCGGACACGCUCUCCAAGUUCCCGGCCUUCGACAUCUACUACGUGUACAGCUUCCGCAGCGAGCAGUUCGUCUACUACCUCACGCUGCAGCUGGACACGCAGCUGACCUCGCCCGACGCCGCCGGCGAGCACUUCUUCACCUCCAAGAUCGUGCGGCUCUGCGUGGACGACCCCAAGUUCUACUCGUACGUGGAGUUCCCCAUCGGCUGCGAGCAGGCCGGCGUCGAGUACCGCCUGGUGCAGGACGCCUACCUGAGCCGGGCCGGCCGCAGCAUGGCCCGCCAGCUGGGUCUCGCCGAGGACGAGGACGUGCUGUUCACCGUGUUCGCCCAGGGCCAGAAGAACCGCGUCAAGCCCCCCAAGGAGUCCGUGUUGUGCCUCUUCACGCUCAAGGCCAUCAAGGAGAAGAUCAAGGAGCGCAUCCAGUCCUGCUACCGCGGCGAGGGCAAGCUCUCCCUGCCCUGGCUGCUCAACAAGGAGCUGGGCUGCAUCAACUCGCCCCUGCAGAUCGACGACGACUUCUGUGGGCAGGACUUCAACCAGCCGCUGGGGGGCACGGUCACCAUCGAGGGCACGCCACUCUUUGUGGACAAGGACGACGGCCUGACUGCCGUGGCCGCCUACAACUACCGCGGCCGCACUGUGGUGUUCGCCGGCACUCGCAGCGGCCGCAUCCGCAAGAUCCUGGUGGACCUGGCCCACCCUGGCGGCCGGCCGGCCCUGGCCUACGAGAGUGUGGUGGCCCAGGAGGGCAGCCCCAUCCUGCGCGACCUGGUCCUCAGCCCCAACCACCAGUACCUGUACGCCAUGACGGAGAAGCAGGUGACACGCGUGCCAGUGGAGAGCUGUGUGCAGUACACGUCAUGUGAGCUGUGCCUGGGGUCCCGGGACCCCCACUGCGGCUGGUGUGUCCUGCACAGCAUCUGCUCGCGGCAGGACGCCUGUGAGCGGGCAGAUGAGCCCCAGCGCUUUGCCUCGGACCUGCUGCAGUGCGUGCAGCUCACCGUGCAGCCGCGCAAUGUCUCCGUCACCAUGUCCCAGGUCCCGCUCGUGCUGCAGGCCUGGAACGUGCCCGACCUCUCGGCCGGCGUCAACUGCUCUUUCGAGGACUUCACAGAGUCUGAGGGUGUCCUGGAGGAUGGCCGCAUCCACUGCCGCUCACCGUCGGCCCGCGAGGUGGCACCCAUCACGCGGGGCCAGGGAGACCAGCGGGUAGUGAAGCUUUACCUGAAGUCCAAGGAGACGGGGAAGAAGUUUGCCUCCGUGGACUUCGUCUUCUACAACUGCAGCGUCCAUCAGUCCUGCCUGUCGUGCGUCAACGGCUCCUUCCCCUGCCACUGGUGCAAAUAUCGCCAUGUGUGCACGCACCAUGCCGCUGACUGUGCUUUCCUGGAGGGCCGUGUCAACGUGUCCGAGGACUGCCCCCAGAUCCUGCCCUCCACCCAGAUCUAUGUGCCCGUGGGCGUGGUCAAGCCCAUCACCCUGGCGGCCCGGAACCUUCCGCAGCCGCAGUCGGGCCAGCGUGGGUACGAGUGCCUCUUCCACAUCCCGGGGAACCCGGCCCGCGUCACCGCCCUGCGUUUCAACAGCUCCAGCCUGCAGUGCCAGAACUCCUCGUAUUCUUACGAGGGCAACGACAUCAGCGACCUGCCCGUGAACCUGUCGGUAGUGUGGAACGGCAACUUCGUCAUCGACAACCCCCAGAAUAUCCAGGCGCACCUCUACAAAUGCCCAGCUCUGCGAGAGAGCUGCGGCCUCUGCCUCAAGGCCGACCCGCGCUUCGAGUGCGGCUGGUGCGUGGCCGAGCGCCGCUGCUCCCUGCGCCACCACUGCCCCGCCGAGUCGCCCGCCGGCUGGAUGCACGCCCGCCACGGCAGCAGCCGCUGCGCCGACCCCAAAAUCUUCCGGCUGUCCCCCGAGACCGGCCCGAGGCAGGGAGGGACGCGGCUCACCAUCACGGGCGAGAACCUGGGCCUCAGGUUCGAGGACGUGCGGCUGGGUGUGCGCGUGGGGAAGGUGCUGUGCAGCCCGGUGGAGAGCGAGUAUGUCAGUGCCGAGCAGAUCGUCUGUGAGAUUGGGAACGCCAGCAUGGUGCGCGCCCAUGAUGCGCUGGUGGAGGUGUGCGUGCGGGACUGCAACCCCCCCUACCGGGCCCAGUCCCCGAAGCGCUUCACCUUCGUGACAGUUGGAGACCAUGCAACCCCUUCUGGCCCGGGUGCCCACAUGGCUUCCUGCUUCCCACAGACUCCAUCCUUCUACCGUGUGAGCCCCGCCCGCGGGCCCCUCUCCGGGGGCACCUGGAUUGGCAUCGAGGGGAGCCACCUGAACGCAGGCAGCGAUGUGGCCGUGUCCAUUGGGGGCCGGCUCUGCUCCUUUUCCUGGAGGAACUCCCGGGAGAUCCGGUGCCGGACACCCCCUGGGCAGGGCCCUGGCAGUGCCCCCAUCAUCAUCAACAUCAACCGUGCCCAGCUCACCAACCCCGAGGUGAAGUACAACUACACGGAGGACCCCACCAUCCUGAGGAUCGACCCCGAGUGGAGCAUCAACAGCGGAGGGACCCUCCUGACAGUCACAGGCACCAACCUGGCCACUGUGCGUGAACCCCGCAUUCGGGCCAAGUAUGGAGGCGUGGAGCGGGAGAACAGCUGCAUGGUAUACAACGACACCACCAUGCUAUGCCGGGCCCCCUCUGUGGACAACCCCACGCGGACCCCGCCCGAGCUGGGGGAGCGGCCGGAUGAGCUGGGGUUCGUCAUGGACAACGUGCGUGCCCUGCUCAUUCUCAACACCUCCAACUUCCUCUACUACCCUGACCCUGUGCUCGAGCCGCUCAGCCCCACCGGCCUCCUGGAGCUGAAGCCCAGCUCCCCGCUCAUCCUCAAGGGCCGGAACCUCCUACCACCUGCUCCAGGAAACUCGAGGCUCAACUACACGGUGCUCAUAGGCUCAACGCCAUGUGCACUGACUGUGUCGGAGACGCAGCUGCUGUGCGAGUCACCCAACCUCACGGGGCAGCACAAGGUCACGGUACGGGCAGGCGGCUUUGAGUUCUCGCCAGGGACGCUCCAGGUAUACUCGGAGAGCCUGCUGACCCUGCCGGCCAUCGUGGGCAUCGGCGGGGGUGGGGGCCUGCUCCUGCUGGUCAUCGUGGCCGUGCUCAUCGCCUACAAGCGCAAGUCACGCGAUGCUGACCGCACCCUCAAGCGACUGCAGCUGCAAAUGGACAACCUCGAGUCUCGUGUGGCCCUCGAGUGCAAGGAAGCCUUUGCGGAGCUGCAGACGGACAUCCACGAGCUGACCAAUGACCUGGACGGCGCUGGCAUCCCAUUCCUCGACUACCGGACGUACGCCAUGCGGGUGCUGUUUCCUGGGAUUGAGGACCACCCUGUGCUCAAGGAGAUGGAGGUGCAGGCCAACGUGGAGAAGUCGCUGACGCUCUUCGGGCAGCUGCUAACGAAGAAGCACUUCCUGCUGACCUUCAUCCGCACGCUGGAGGGCCAGCGCAGCUUCUCCAUGCGCGACCGCGGCAACGUGGCGUCCCUCAUCAUGACCGCCCUGCAGGGCGAGAUGGAGUACGCCACGGGUGUCCUCAAGCAGCUGCUCUCUGACCUCAUUGAGAAGAACCUGGAGAGCAAGAACCACCCCAAGCUGCUGCUGCGGCGGACCGAGUCUGUGGCGGAGAAGAUGCUGACCAACUGGUUCACUUUCCUCUUGUACAAGUUCCUCAAGGAGUGUGCAGGGGAGCCGCUGUUCAUGCUGUAUUGCGCCAUCAAGCAGCAGAUGGAAAAGGGCCCCAUCGACGCCAUCACCGGAGAGGCCCGCUACUCCCUGAGCGAGGACAAGCUCAUCCGCCAGCAGAUUGACUACAAGAUGCUGACCCUGAACUGCGUGAACCCCGAGAACGAGAACGCGCCCGAGGUGCCUGUGAAGGGGCUGAACUGUGACACGGUGACGCAGGUCAAGGAGAAGCUGCUGGAUGCCGUGUACAAGGGGGUGCCCUACUCCCAGCGGCCCAAGGCUGGGGACAUGGACCUGGAGUGGCGCCAGGGCCGCAUGGCGCGGAUCAUCCUGCAGGACGAGGAUGUCACCACCAAAAUCGACAAUGACUGGAAGCGACUGAACACGCUGGCGCACUAUCAGGUGACGGACGGGUCCUCGGUGGCACUGGUACCCAAGCAGACUUCGGCCUACAACAUCUCCAACUCCUCCACCUUCACCAAGUCCCUCAGCAGAUAUGAGAGCAUGCUGCGCACGGCCAGCAGCCCCGACAGCCUGCGCUCGCGCACCCCCAUGAUCACGCCCGACCUGGAGAGCGGCACCAAGCUGUGGCACCUGGUGAAGAACCAUGACCACCUGGACCAGCGGGAGGGUGACCGCGGCAGCAAGAUGGUGUCCGAGAUCUACCUGACAAGGCUGCUGGCCACCAAGGGCACGCUGCAGAAGUUUGUGGACGACCUGUUUGAGACCAUCUUCAGCACGGCGCACCGGGGCAGCGCCCUGCCGCUGGCCAUCAAGUACAUGUUCGACUUCCUGGACGAGCAGGCUGACAAGCACCAGAUCCACGACUCCGACGUGCGGCACACCUGGAAGAGCAACUGCCUGCCCCUGCGCUUCUGGGUGAAUGUCAUCAAGAACCCGCAGUUCGUGUUCGACAUCCACAAGAACAGCAUCACGGACGCCUGCCUGUCGGUGGUGGCGCAGACCUUCAUGGACUCCUGCUCCACGUCCGAGCACAAGCUGGGCAAGGACUCACCCUCCAACAAGCUGCUCUACGCCAAGGACAUCCCCAACUACAAGAGCUGGGUGGAGAGGUACUAUGCUGACAUCGCCAAGAUGCCGGCCAUCAGCGACCAGGACAUGAGUGCGUACCUGGCCGAGCAGUCGCGGCUGCACCUGAGCCAGUUCAACAGCAUGAGUGCCUUGCACGAGAUCUACUCCUACAUCACCAAGUACAAGGAUGAGAUCCUGGGGGCCCUGGAGAAGGAUGAGCAGGCCCGGCGGCAGCGGCUCCGGAGCAAGCUGGAGCAGGUGGUGGACACGAUGGCACUGAGCAGCUGAGACCCUGGUUCCCAUGACUCUGCCCAGCAAUGGAGAAAGCUCAAGAGGGGGCCCUGCAGGCGGGCACAGCCUCCAUCCCGGUGUGGGGGCCAUGGGGGCACCCUCCACCCUGUCUGUGGGGAGUUGUUCGGCGGCUCAAAGGCCUGGGCACGUGGCUGGGGGCCCCUGGGACCGCUCUGCAGCUGACUCUGUGGUUUCUGGGGACAGGGUCCUCCCGGCCCUCCCCUCCCUCCUUCCAUCUGGCCUGGGGUCCUGGUUUUUACGUGUGUGGACCUGUGGUGCCCGCUGUACCCUGCUUCUCCAUCAACCGUGCACCGGAGCUGCUCACCAGAGGAACAGGGAGAGCAAGGUGGCGGCCAUUGUGGCAAGAAAGGUUUCACUGCCUGGCGAGAGCUGCCUGGUGGCUCUGUGGACAAAUGGAGUGAGCUGUGAGGGCCUGAGGGGUCAGGACGAAGGGGAGGCCAUCUGGCACGGUCCGGCUCCUGGAAGUCUGGGCUGCCACGGUGAACAGAGCCUGGAGCUGGGGCUGGGACCAUUGGCAAUUCCGGCUUCCAAGCUGCCCCCUGGCGCCACCGUUCGCUGGUGGGCAGCCAGAGGGACAGGCUGGGUACCCAGGCCCAGGCCAAGCAUAGAUGCAGCCAAUCUGGCCUCGUCACCCUUCUGCCGCGCCCAGCACCCCCACACCUGCUGCCCACCACCGCUGUCCUUGGAUUCACCGCGUGCUCUCCGCGGACCACAGACAGGGCGCUACGCCCACCAAGCCCCAGAGAGAGGCACCUUCCCAGCUGCCCCUCCUAUGGAGGGGCUCCCGCUCCCCCGCUGUCCAAGUGACUUCUGGAUGGAUUCAGGAACUCACUUUGUGUCCUCAGGGCUGUGUUGCUGGAAGCCACUGGGGCCCGGGGACUGUGGGCCGUUGAGCACGUCCCGUUAUUUAUUGCCCCAAUGCCAGCCACACUCCUCCUGCCGGCCCCCCGCAGCUGCCCUGGAGGGCACCUCCCAUGCUUCCCAAACCACUGAUCUUGCCGGGGCCACCCAGACCCGCUCUCUUCUCCCAACCCUCUCUGCCUGCCCACUCCCAGCGGCUCUCCUCCAGCGACUUCCAAUCUGGCAUCUCAGCGGCAUCCUGGACCCUCAAGAGUGUGGCGGGACAUCUUGGGGACUGUUUGUUUCUUAGGGAGAAGAAAGUCCUGCCACACUCCGCUUGGGUGGCGAGAGCCGGGCCCAAGGCCCACGAGCAGGACACCAACGACCAGAGGGACUGGACAGUGGCCUCUGUCCAUUCUCGCCCUCAGUGAGCAAGAAAGAACAAAUUUUUAAUUAAAGUCUGUACAUACACACACACACACACACACACACGCACACACACACGGCCCCCGCCCCAAUCUUCAGCCCCAGUGGGGUAGUGUAUAGUUAACGGAAGGAGAAGACGUUUUUUAAAAACAACAUAGAGUGAGAAAAUUAAGGCAGCGGGAAAACAACACACACAAAAACAAAUGGUCUUGAAGGAAGCGGUCAGCGUGUACCCCGAAGCCGGCACCCCUCGCACCGCGCUACUGUUUUCUUUCGUUUGACUUUGUUGCAGAGGAGGGACCUUGCCAAACCCUAAAUGCAUUGGGGUGCACAGGGCCGGUGUGGAUUCCUGCAUGAUCGUGCUAGCGUUUAGUCUGAAUUGAUCUUUUUUAAAACUGCAAGUGUUGAAUACUACAGGUUGUUAGACCUUUUUUUUUUUUUUUUUUUUUUUUAAUGUUUUCUAAGUAAUUAGUCACUGGUAAAAGCAAACAAGCAGCCCCCCGUUUCCCGAGUUCACUUCUUCGAUGGUACUAAAGAUUUGCACGGACUUUUAAGGGACAGCUAACUGUGGCCGGGCCCAGGCCCGGGUGAAGAAAACACCCCCUCUAUCCCCCCUGAGGCUGCCACACUGGGGUCCCUUCCCUUCUAAGCAGCGUGAGCCGCUCCCUUGUAGGGGAACAGUGUGAAAAUGGUGAACUUCUGACUCACCUCCUUGAACCAGGGGAAAUGGGGUGUCCUGGUACAACCCCCCCCUCCAAUGCUGCCAGCACUCGGCUCGAGCUCAGGUGAGUCCGGCUGGGGGAUGUGGGCUGGGCCCUGGGGCAGUCUUGGGGCCAAGCCGGAGCCCCUCUUCCCUGAGACCCGGGGGGCCCCACUUUGGCCGGGAUUCCCACCCCUGGGUCUUCACCCAGCCCCGGCUGAUGUCAUUUGGCUGUGCCCAGGGGAGAGCCUCGGUUUCCCCCAAAGAACUUCCCUGGACAUCGGCUUCUGGUGAAGCCACCUGUUCUUCCAGUUCUGUGCAGUCGGAUCAGGGCUUCCAUAGCCCCCUGUCUCCCUCUUAGGAUCCAGUUUAACCCUUCCCUUUCCAAGGGCCUCCCUGGUCCCAGGUCACUUGGCCAGCCCUUCUGCCCCAAUGGGUGACAGUUGGGGACCAGCCGUCCCCAUGGAGAGAUCUGCAGGGGCGUGUGCUCCACCCUGGAGCUGGGGCCCACGUCAACUGCAUGCACUUUAGCAGCACCCGUUUACAUGCGAGCUGACCAAGCUGAUUCUGAACAUGUUGGCUUACCCAGCUCAGCAGGCCGCUGGGCACUUCCCGGGGCCAGCACCUUCCUGCCAUGUGGAGUUAGGACCCAGUGUCUGUACUCUGCUGGGGGAGAAAUCAUGUGGGGCUAACUGCAUCCCAAGGAGCUGGGCCUGGCACCCCCAUCAAGCCCCCCGGCAUUCUCCUGCCUGGGGACUUCCACCCUGAGCCCUGGCAAGUGAGGAUCCUGGUGGGAACCCAGGGUUGGGGCCCCAGCUCUGUGCAAGGUGGGGGGGGUGUCCCUGAAGGCCCCACCACUCCUGGCCCCAAGUUUGGGGGAUCCUGGCUCUGAAUGAGGCAAAUCUGUGGGUCACCGUGCUGGGGGCUGUUUACACCUCAGACACUGCUGCUAUCGCCUGCCCUCUUGCAGGACCUACCCCUCCCAGUGCACCCACCAUUUCUCACCCUUGCUGGGCUGGGUUUCAGGAGCAUCCCUGGGAUAGCACAUGCCUUGGUUUGGGAGCCUGGCCUCACCUCUCUGGGGGAGACCUCCAUAUACCUCCAUAUACCCUGAGUCCACCCAGGGCUGCCCAGCCCCCUGCGUGUCUCCCCAGACUUGGCCCAAGGGGGUCCAAGCAGGCUGCUGGUGAGGGGACUCUAGGGUGCACCCGCACGUGCAGCCCCAGCCUGGCCGUUCUGAGAGCCCCACUUGUUUUCCUCCCACUUUUGGAUUUGAUGGCUCACGGUGCUAUACAAGCUAGAAUAGAUAUAUUUAGAGAGAGAGAAAGAUAUUUUUAAGACGAAGCCCACAAUUAGCUGUCCUUUAAUGCUGCAGACCACCCCUCCCCCCUCCCCCCCCAAAAAAAUGAGCGACACUCGGUGGGACCGAGCACUCUGACGGACCCUCCACAAUUGUUCCUGGUUGGGGUGGAUGCCGGGCGACCCGCCCUCAGAUCAUGUAAAUAUACGGCAAUUUCCUAUUUUACUGUUCUGCAGAUUUAGUACUUGUAAAUAAACACACACAUUAAGGAGAGAUUAAACAUUUUUGCUAAA